UUUUAUUCUGCAGUAGCAGUUCUGCUAAGAUUUAUAGUAAAAUAUUUUAUUGGAUGUAAAUUAAACACUCACAGUAUGAGGACGGCACAGCUUUCACUCUUCUUUCUGCUGGUGUGUCAAACUACAGAGAGUUUAAGAGAUAAACGGGUGAAUUUAGGGGAAAAUGUGACUUUAGACUGUCAGAUUGUAAAAGAGAUUUAUUGGGUUUUCCAGAAACCGACAGAUUCUCCAGCGCUGAUAAUGCGGACUUUCUCAUCACAUUCUACAUCACCUCAAUUCUUUGACAAAAGAUUCAAAGACAAAUACUCAUCACUAACUUUGAGCCGGUUAUUUAUUAGUAAUGUAACUAUUGAUGAAUUAGGAAUAUAUUAUUGUGUAAAAACAAACCCAAUACAGCUCAGCAAUGGCACCAGACUUUACAUCACUGUAGCUGUUCGAGAUCAGAAUCAGACAGAAGUGAACAAUAACUCACAAAGUCCGAAUACACAGCAAACUCUGAUGAUGUUGUACUUCAUACUGAGCAUUGUGAUGUUUUUGGCCAUGGCAGGUCUAUUGCAGAUCAAACUUCAAGUGUGUAAGAAAACACACCAACAAUAUCAAGAUGAGGAACUGGAGCAGCUUUACAGCACAAAUGACGACGAGUUUUCUGAAGUGGAGUUUCGUCUGUCCCAUUCGACCAACAACACUUUUGGAAAAAAGCCUAGACAAACAUGAUCAAGAGUGAAUCCUCUCAUACAGUCUAACAGAAAUAUAUUCUGA